CUGUUUUGAAAGUUGUUCGGUUUGGCGGCGGCUGAAGUCGCAGACUGUGUGAUUUUAAUUCACGCUGUGAAAGGAUGGCUGAAAAUUUUGCGAGGCUGAGAGUGGGUCUUAUUGUAAAAAUCCAACGCAGCAAUGGGAUGGUACAAGAUGCAGGUAUAACUGAACUGAAUACUGAGAAAUCUUGUGUAAGAGUCGAAUGGCUGGAGGAUUCCGUUAGCAAAGCCAAAGAUAUUGACAUUGAAAGCUUACUAAUGUUAAAUCCUAACUUAGUAGAAAAGAUGCCACCUCCAAGCGUACCAAGAAGGAACACACGGGUCCCAAGACGUGAAUCAGCUCUGCCAGUUCCAAGGAAUGGGACUGCAAAAGAAAAACCUGUAUUUGAUGGUGAUGAAGUAUCACGUCGGACUCGUUCACGAGCACAAGUUGCACUGGAAGCACAAAUUAUGCCUAACUUGAGAUCAGCUGAAGUAGACCCUGUAAACUGCAAGAGCGUUGCUACAGGAAGAAAACCUACUUGUAUAAGAGAGACUGAAAAGAUUAAGAGACAGCGAGAAAAUAGACUAACUCAGCUUCAAGAAAUAAGAGAAAAGCGUUUACAGGAAUAUGACACCAGCAAUCCAAACUGGGAGUUCAUGAAAAUGAUUGCAGAAUUUAGAGCAACACUAGACUGUUAUCCUCACCUUUCUUCUUCAGAUCCUGUUGAGUUACACAAAAUAUGUGUCUGUGUUCGGAAGCGACCCCUCAGCAAUAAAGAAAAAUUGAAAAAAGAGAUUGAUGUUAUCACAGUUUCAAGUAAAAAUGUUGUCCUUGUGCAUGAGACAAAGAUGAAAGUUGAUCUCACCAAGUACUUGGAUAACCAGCCCUUCAGAUUUGACUAUGCCUUUGAUGAAUCAGUUACAAACGAAGAAGUAUACAGGUUCACAGCAAAGCCUUUAGUACAAACCAUCUUUGAGAGAGGAAUGGCUACCUGCUUUGCCUAUGGGCAGACUGGAAGUGGCAAAACUCAUACAAUGGGAGGUGACUUCUCUGGGAAAAAUCAAGACUGCUCCAAAGGAAUCUAUGCUCUUGCAAGUCAAGAUGUAUUUUUGCUGCUUGAACAACCCCGAUACAAGGAUCUUAAUCUGAAAGUAUUUGUAAGCUUUUUUGAAAUCUAUAGUGGUAAGGUAUUUGAUCUCCUGAACAAGAAAACAAAGUUGCGUAUGAUGGAAGACAAUAAGCAACAGGUGCAAAUAGUCGGGCUGCUGGAGCAGGAUGUCUUCUCUGUAGAUGAUGUAAUUCUGAAUAUUGACAUGGGAAAUAAUUACAGGACCUCAGGGCAGACUUCUGCAAAUAAUAACUCUUCCAGGUCUCAUGCGAUCUUUCAAAUUAUUCUGCGAAGGAAUGAUAAGCUUUAUGGCCAGUUUUCCUUCAUUGAUCUGGCUGGAAAUGAGCGAGGUGCUGAUACCAGCAGUGCAGACAGACAAACACGAAUGGAAGGUGCAGAAAUUAAUAAGAGUCUACUUGCAUUGAAGGAGUGCAUUCGAUCAUUGGGCCAGAAUAAUAUCUAUACACCUUUUCGAGCAAGCAAACUGACCUUGGUACUAAGAGAUUCAUUUAUUGGUGAAAAUUCAAGGACCUGCAUGAUUGCAAUGAUUUCACCGGGUUUGAGUUCCUGCGAACACACUCUAAACACAUUAAGAUAUGCAGACAGGGUAAAAGAGCUUGGUGUUGAAGAAGUUCCCAAUGAACCAGAAUGCUCCACAUUCUCUAAAGAUAAAAAACUCAAUGAAUCCUUGGAACAGUCUGAUAUUCGGUUGCUGUGUGAGAAAAUUCCCGGCAAAAAUGAAGUUCUAAGUGAGAAGGUUACAGCGCAAGGUGGUUUGGACGUAUCUCAGGAGGCACCAUCAAAGAUUUGUGACUUGCAUGUAGACGUCUCUCGAAUUCUUGAAUUGGAAGAGCAGGUGGUGGAUGAACAUCGAGAAAUUCAGCAGAAAUUACUACAGUGGAGUGAUGCAGAUAAUAAACUCUUGAAGAUGACUCAACUACCAGAGUAUAAUGUUGAAAACUACGUCAACAUAUUACAAGCGUACAUCAAUGAGAGGAUGGAAAUAUUUCAAGAGUUUGACAAAAUCGUGAAAGCCUUGCGACAAGCUUUGCAGAAGGAGGAGCAAGCUGCUAAAUUUCAUGGGUAAAGCCAUGACCUGCAAUUUGAGCAUCUGUGCAAGCAUUGUCAUUGUAACUUUUGUGGCCAUUGUAUUCAUCUCUCAUUCAACCAGAGGCUGUGAAAUUUCAAACAUGUUCCUCUUUGCUGUUUGUCUUUACAAUCCUCUCUCUAAAACAUUUGUCUAUAUGUCUCUCUUGGAUAUUUUCUUUUGAAAAUGUACAGAUUUAUAUCUCGUUUAUAAUAUGUUUGAACUGACGUUGUGACAUGUAAGAGCGAAAGUUUGCAUACAUAGUGAUGCAGUUAUGGUAUUAAGUUUUUCAGAAUACAUUGAUCUCUCUAAUCUAUUCCAUUAUUGCAAAUUAGAAAAUGAACCUGUUUUAAAAACUUGAGAGUGGAAUUGCUCUGUCUUUGUUUUCAUUCCCUGCCCCAAAAUAUAACAAAUAUUUCAUGGUGGCAAACUAAUAUUUUAAUGUGCUGGAGUUGUGAAACUCUGUAAUGACUUGCUAAAUAUUUCACAACUCGUUAGUUUUAUAGUUCCAGUAGAAUAACCUGCUGAAUGCUUAGUGUUUGGGUUUAAUGAAUAGUGACUGACUUCGGUAUCCUCUAGCAUGUUUACAAUCAAUUCAGUGUACCAGUGAAACACUACAGAGUUUUUCCAAGGACGGAAUUAUAUCACUCUAUUGGAUUGCUAAAAUGGUCUUGUUUUUUUGUGUUGUUUUUUUUUACUUUUUUGGUGAACAAAAUAUAAAGCAGCUACACAACAUUUUGAUUCUUCUCAAAUUGUAUGAUGCUCGUUAAUACAAUAGGAGUCUGGAAGAGCCAAAGUGACGCACUGCAAUCCAUUUUAUCUAAAGCUGUUCAACUUGAGGACAAAGCAAACCAUAAGUGUCCCUAAUUCAUAACUUAAAACAAUUUUCUAUACUAUUUUUUUUGCACUGGAAUAGGAGGAGAGAAAUCAAUUGACUUCCAAAUUCUGAAGUAACCCAGAUGUGUUUUUAUGAACAACCACCUGGCAAAGAACUGAAUUAAGGUUUUCUUAGUCUACCCUUAAAUGAUUGGUGUACUGAUGGAAAAGUCAAAUGUGAACUAUUCUCUGGUUUGUGUCAAUCCAGAUUACAUAGUCCAUUGGAAUUUAUUGAAUUGAGGAAUCAUUAUACUGUAAUGUCCUUUGACAUAUUUAAUAAAGAA